AUGAGCUGUGUCUACACCCGCGAUGUGAUUUUACUUGAGAUGCCACUGUCUUUGAGGGGCUAUGGAGGUUGUGCCAGUGGCACCACAGACGAGGGCAAUGUGGAAGAGAAGUGGUGGCUCCCAAAUCCAAAAGUUCCUCCAAAAGGGUUGUCAGUGGAUGCAAGGAAGAGGUUGCAGCAAUGCAGGGACUGUACCAACCAGAUACUGAAGGCAGCCUUAGCAAUCAAUAGCAAUGUGCUUGCUGAGAUGGAGAUUCCCAAUGCUUACUUAGAAACUUUGCCCAAGGUAUGGGUUUCAAUGUUGGGUUUACAAAUGCUAUGA